AUGGUUAAAGAAACAAAGCUCUACGAUUUGCUAGGGGUGUCCCCUAAUGCCAGCGAUGCUGAACUUAAAAAGGCUUAUAGGAAGAUGGCACUGAAAUACCACCCGGACAAGCCUGGUGGAAAUGCAGAGAAGUUCAAAGAGAUCUCAGAGGCGUACGAAAUUCUGUCAGACGCAGACAAGAGAGAAGUUUACGAUCAGUACGGAUUGGAAGCUGCCCGUGGAAAUGCCCCUGCAGGAGGCAAUCCAUUUGGCGGCGGGGCAUCAGGCUUUAGCAGCAGCGGCGGUGGAGGCCGUACGUUCUCUCAAGCUGACGCAUUCAACUUAUUCAACCAAUUCGGUGGCUUUGAAGAGAUGUUUGGAGAUUCAGGUGGCUUUAGAACUUCUAGAGGAAGCUCGCCAUUUGGCUUCACCUCCAUGGGUGGAGGAAUGCCUGGAGGAUUUGGAGGCAUGGGAGGUGGCAUGCCAGGAGGAUUUACAAGUGCCCAGCCUAAAGAGCCUACCAUUGUCGAUCUGAACGUUCCUGUUCCAUUGGAGUUAUUGUACACAGGUGGAUCCAAGAAAAUGAAAAUCAGACGCAAGGGCCCUUCUGGUCAACUAGAGGAGAAGAUAAUAGAUAUCAACAUCAAGCCUGGCUGGAAGGCUGGCACGAAGAUCACAUACCCGAACGAGGGAGAUUACCAAGACGGAAUGAGACAAACAAUAAGAUUCACUAUUGUCCAAAAACCACACGAUACUUUCACCAGAGAAGACAAUAAUCUCAAGACCACAGUUAAACUUUCAUUCAAAGAGUCAUUGUUAGGAUUCGACAAAGAGGUCACUACAUUGGAUGGCAGAAGAAUUCCACUCACCAAGUCAUCACCAACGCAACCUGGAUCCGUCAGCACCUAUCCAGGACUGGGAAUGCCAAUUUCCAAGUCUCCAGGCUCUAGAGGAGAUUUGAUCAUAGAAUUUAAGGUGGACUACCCAGUCUUCCUCACACAACAACAGAAACAGGCAAUAAGUGCAAACUUCUAACUUUGAUUAUGGACUCGAGGCAUAGUAGGUCCGAUACGAUUGCUCAGUAAUGUAUUAUAGAUUGGCAUUAAUGAUACUAAUGUUCUUGGGAAGCGCCGCGCGUCGAUCGUCCUUUUUGGCAUUUAAUUUAUUUCGUCUCGUAAUUCGAUCGCAAUCUUUACCUUAAAUGUCCGUCAUCCUUGCUUCGGCGGGCUACGACCACACCAUCAGAUUUUGGGAAGCACUUACUGGAGUCUGUUCCAGAACUAUACAGCAUGGCGAUUCCCAGGUCAACAGGCUGGAAAUCACGUCUGACAAAAAAUUCCUCGCUGCUGCUGGCAAGUCCAAAGUCCGUUUGUACGAUAUCCGUUCCUCCAACCCAAACCCAGUUACCUCUUUUGAUGGCCACACAAACAACGUGACGUCCAUUGCGUUUCAAAUCGAAAACAAAUGGAUGUGCUCAUCCAGCGAAGACGGGACUGUCAAGGUCUGGGAUGUACGGUCUCCCAGCGUCCAACGAAAUUACAAACAUAACUGUCCCGUUAAUGAGGUUGUGAUACACCCAAACCAGGGAGAACUCAUCAGCUGUGACCAGAAUGGAAAUGUGCGGGUCUGGGACCUGGGCGAGAACAAAUGCACUCACCAGCUUAUUCCGGAGGACGACGUGUCGAUUCAGUCCAUCAGCUGUGCAUCAGAUGGGUCAAUGCUGGUGGCAGGUAAUAACAAGGGAAAUUGCUAUGUGUGGGAGAUGAAAAGUAACGAAGAUCAAACACUGCUUAGACCAGUCAACAAGUUCAAGUCGCAUUCAAAAUAUAUCACUAGAGUUUUAAUAUCGUCCGACUGCAAGCAUCUAGCAACGUGUUCAGCGGACCACACUACUCGCAUAUGGUCUACAGAGAAUUUCUCGCUCGAAACGACGCUCAGAGGCCAUCAGAGAUGGGUCUGGGACUGUGCGUUCAGUGCCGACAGUGCAUAUUUGGUGACUGCAUGUUCAGACCACUACGUGAGACUAUGGGAUCUGAGCACCAGUGAGACUGUCAGACAGUACAAUGGUCACAACAAGGGUGUGAUAUGUGUGGCACUGAACGAUGUGUAAUGUU